AUGACGAAGAAAGGAAAGAAGAAGAAGCAGACAACAGCUGCGUCAACCUCAAAAGAGACUUUGCAAGAACAGACUUCGCAACAACAAUCCUUGCAGCAACAAGAGGAAGGGAAACAACCUUCAGAAGCAUUACCUAGUUCGACGCAACAAAAGACAACCAUAGGUCUAAAAUGUCAACAAAUUAAGAUGGCAUUAGGAAAGGAGCAGGAAGUAGCUGCGUCAACUUCGAAACAGACAUCUGAGAGUUCAUCAAAACAACAAAAGCAACAGAAAAUAACUAAGAGUUUGCAAAAGCAGGUACCACAAGGUCAACAACAACAAGAAUCGUUGAGCUCACGUCAAGUAUCACAGGACCGGCCACAACAACAACAACAACAACAACAACAACAAAGGGCAUGUGGCCUCCCACGACAACAAACACCACAAAGCCAGACACAACAACAACCACAAGGAGUACGAAGCCAAUCACAACAACAACCACAAGGAGCACGGAGCCAGCCACAACAACAACAACAACCGCAAGUAGCAGGGAGGCAGCCACAACAACAACCACAAGGAGCAUGGAGCCAAUCACAACAACUACAAGGAGCACAGAGCCAGCCACAACAACAACCACAAGGAGCAUGGAGCCAAUCACAACAACUACAAGGAGCACAGAGCCAGCCACAACAACCACAAGUAGCAUGGAGGCAGCCACAACAACAACCACAAAGAGCACAGAGCCAGCCACAACAACAACAACCACAAGGAGCAUGGGGUCAGGCACAACAACAACCACAAGGAGCACGAAGCCAGCCACAACAACAACAACCACAAGUAGCAUGGAGGCAGCCACAACAACCACAAGGAGCACAGAGCCAGCCACAACAACCACAAGUAGCAUGGAAGCAGCCACAACAACAGCCACAAGGAGUACAGAGCCAGCCACAACAACAACAACCACAAAGAGCAUGGGGUCAGGUACAACAGCAACCACAAGGAGCAUGGGGCCAGCCACAACAACCACAAGUAGCAUGGAAGCAGCCACAACAACAGCCACAAGGAGUACAGAGCCAGCCACAACAACAACAACCACAAAGAGCAUGGGGUCAGGUACAACAGCAACCACAAGGAGCAUGGGGUCAGGCACAACAACAACCACACGGAGCAUGGGGUCAGGCACAACAACAACCACAAGGAACACGGAGCCAGCCACAACAACAACCACAAGGAGCAUGGGGCGACGCACACCUAUCACAAGGAGCAUGGAUCCGCCCACUACAACAAGUACCACAGAGUCAACCACAACAACAACCACAAGGAGCCUCGGGCCGCCCACGACAACAAGUACCACAGAGCCUGCCUCAACAACAGCAACAACCAGCAUGGGGCCCACAAUCAACAGCUUGGAAACAGCAGCAGCAACACAGAAUACCAACUUUACCUCAACAGCACCAAAAAGCUUCAAUUGAUACUGGUGCUGCUGGUGAUCAUCGACAAGUACAGGCAACUGGUGGUGGUGUGCACCAACAGCAACCAUCAACAAGUACUACAUCUCUUGAUGUAUGA